AUGCAGAUUUUGAUCUUGGGUCUCCAAAACCCAAAACUUCCACAUGCAAUCCAGUAUGAUCAAUAUAUAGAACGAAAUAAAGAUGAACCCCCAUCAUCGACUGCAUUUCCAUUACAAACCUUUGCUUCAUAUGGUUCUCAUUAUGAUGAAAAGCAUGUUACAAACUUUAAGCAUAAAGUUUCAAAUAAAGAGAACCUUAAAGAUCAUAAAUACAGCAAUUUGGAAAGAAUUGAAUCAAAAUUGGCUAAAGCAAGAUAUUCCAUCAAAGAAGCUAGCAAAGUUCAAAAUUCGACAUCAAUCCACCAAGAUCAAGAAUAUGUUCCUCAUGGCCCGAGUUACAGAAACGCCUAUGCUUGUUUUUGA